GUAGCAGCAGCAGCAGCAGCACCAGCAGCAGCAGCAUCCCAGCAUCCCAGUUCCCAAGAAUCCAAGAAUCCACACGCAUCCACCAUGUCGGACGGCAUCGAGGUUGAGCAGAUCGUGGAGAGCAAGCCGAGAAGGAUGCCCCUGGCAACGUCGCUGGACAAGGACGCCAUUCGCGAGGCCUACGAGGACGUGCGCUCUGAUCUCACAGACACAGAGUGGGCGGUCUUCAAAUUCGAUGGGCCACAGAUAAUCGUCCAUGGCCGGGGCCAGUGCUUCGAAGAGUUCCGUCAGCAGUUCGGUGACUCGGAGCGCGCCUUCGGCUACAUACGCAUACAGAUGGGCGAUGAGAUGUCCAAGCGCAAAAAGUUCAUAUUCCUCACGUGGAUCGGCCAGGAGGUGGGCGUCAUUCAGCGGGCCAAAAUGUCCACGGACAAGGCCAUCAUCAAGGAUGUCCUCAAUAACUUUGCCGUGGAGCUGCAGGCGGGCGUGGAGCCAGAGCUGGACAUUGGCCUAUUCCGCGAGGCGCUGAACCGUGCCGGUGGUGCCAACUAUGGCACGGGCAUCCGGGACAACUAGCACCGUCGCGCGCUCUGCACUUAUCUCCCCCCCCCCCCCCCCUUCUUUUUUUUUUUUGUGUGCAUCUCUUCAAUGGCCUACCCAAACUGCUCCUCUUUCUACUUAAUUAUUAUGAAUUAAUUGUAUGCAAUUUUAAAUUUAUGUAAUAUGUAAAGACAAGAACAAAAGAAAA